AUGAAGACUCAGUGGAAGGAUCUCCCCCCGGUCCCCAACUCGCAAGAGUUCCUCGACAUCGUUCUCUCGAGGACGCAGCGCCGGCUGCCGACCCAGAUCCGCUCGGGUUUCAAGAUUUCCAGAAUCAGAGGUUUCUACACCCGCAAGGUCAAGUUCACCCAGGAAACCAUCAGCGAGAAGCUCGGCCUGAUCAUCGAGUCGUUCCCUCGCCUCAACGACAUCCACCCCUUCCACAAGGACCUGAUCAACACCCUCUACGAUGCCGACCACUUCAAGAUCGCCCUCGGUCAGCUCUCGACCGCGAAGCACCUUAUCGAGACUAUCUCCAGAGAUUACGUCCGACUCUUGAAGUAUGGCCAGUCGCUUUUCCAGUGCAAGCAGCUGAAGCGUGCCGCGCUUGGUCGCAUGGCCACGCUCAUCAAGCGCCUCAAAGACCCUCUGGUUUACCUGGACCAGGUUAGACAGCAUCUUGGCCGUCUUCCCUCGAUCGAUCCCAACACUAGAACCCUUCUCAUCACGGGUUUCCCCAACGUCGGAAAGUCUUCUUUCCUCAAGUCCGUCUCCAGAGCCGACGUCGAUGUCCAGCCGUACGCCUUCACAACGAAGUCGCUCUUCUGCGGUCACUUUGACUACAAGUACCUUCGUUUCCAGUGCAUUGACACCCCUGGUAUUCUCGACCACCCUCUCGAGGAGAUGAACACCAUUGAGAUGCAGUCCGUCACCGCCAUUGCCCAUCUGCGAUCCGCCAUUCUCUACUUCAUGGAUCUCAGCGAGCAGUGCGGUUACUCCAUCCAGGCCCAGAUCAACCUCUUCCAGAGCAUCAAGCCCUUGUUCCAGAACAAGAUUGUCUUCAUCGUCGUCAACAAGAUCGAUGUGGUCAAGCCCGAGGACCUCGACGCCGCCACCCAGGCCCAGCUCCAGGGUCUCCUCAAGUCGGGCGAGGUCGAGAUGCUCCAGCUCUCUUGCAACACCCAGGAGGGCGUUCAGAACGUCAAGAACACCGUCUGCGAGCGCCUCAUCGCCGAGCGCGUCUCCCAGAAGCUCAACGCCGGCACCAACAGCAGCGGCAACAUUGGCGGCCGCCUCGCCGACGUCAUGGCGCGUAUCCACGUCGCCCAGCCCGGCACCAGCCAGCCCCUCCAGACCUUCAUCCCCGAGGGCAUCAAGAACAUGAAGAAGUAUGACAAGGAGGACCCGGAGCGCCGGAGGCUCGCCAAGGACGUCGAGGCCGAGAACGGCGGCGCCGGCGUCUACAGCGUCGACAUGCGCCAGGACUGGCUCCUCGCCGACGACGAGUGGAAGCACGACAAGAUCCCCGAGGUCUUUGACGGCAAGAACGUCUACGACUUCAUCGACCCGGAUAUCGACGCCAAGCUCCAGGCCCUCGAGGAGGAGGAGGAGCGCCUCGAGAAGGAGGGCUACUACGAGUCGGACGAGGAGCUCGACGACGAGGAGGAGGCCGACAUCCUCUCCAAGGCCGAGAUCAUCCGCGAGAAGCAGGCCCUCAUCCGCAACGAGGCCAAGAUGAAGAAGCGCCUCAAGAACCAGGCCAUCAUCCCCCGCAAGUCCCAAAAGGUGCCCCUCUCCCAGAUGGACGACGCCCUCGACCAGCUCGGUGUCGACACCACCGACAUUGUCAACCGCGCCCGCGCCCAGUCCCGCCCCCGCGGCCGCUCCUCCGGCCUUUCCCGCGCCGGCACCGAGGACGUCGACAUGAUGGACACGGACGCCACCCCGCGCGAGCGCCUGCGCUCCCACAGCCGCGCCCGCAGCCAGAGCCGCGCUCCCAUUGUCAACAGGCGUGAGGACGGUGUCCAGGACGACGAAGCCCGCGACAAGGCCGACCGCCUCGCCAAGCUCUCCCAGAAGAAGCGCAACCGCAUGGCGAGACAGGGUGAGGGUGAUCGUCACACUACCGUAUCGCUGCAAAGGCACUUGGUUGCCGGCAAGCGUGGCCUCGGCAAGAACCAGAGACGUUAA